UGCAAAGCAAAGCAGAGAGAGAGAGUUCAGGAGAGGGAGCGAAAUGGAGCGUGGGCGAGUAAGGGCUCACCCCAGGAAUCCAGGAGCUUGAAAAAAGAAGGGCUAAGGGGGGUGGGGGGAGACUGAAAAACACUUCACACUAACCUCACCCCACCUACCAGUGGACUUCAAAGAGAAAAACUGAAAGGGUGAGUGCUGAUAGAGAAAGACACUGAGCUAUGGAAUAAAAUGUCAGAUUCAUCUUGCUUGCUAACCCGGGGAAGUACAAUGGCGAGCAGUGUGAAUUAAAUCCAGAAAGAAAGAAAGGAAAAAUCACUGUAAAUAAGAAGACACUUUCUUCUGUUUAUUUCAUCAAAAAUAUUUGCUCCAGAAUAUUGAAGUUUUUGUGCUGAUUUGAUUCAUCUCCAGGUUAAUGAUGCUACCAGACCAGAAUGCUGACUGGUUGCUUCAGCUCCUCACUGAGGUUCAGUUGGAGAGAUUCUACACACGGAUCCGAGAUGAACUCAAUGUCACUCUCCUGGAACAUUUUGACACUGUCAGAUCAUCAGACCUGGAGCAGAUUGGAAUUGGCAGGCCAGGCCAGAGGAGACUUACAGAAGCAAUUAAGCGAAGGAAGGCCAUGGCACGACCCAAAUCCUGGAUGGCAAAGGUUUUCAGCGUACGUGAGCAAGCAUCAUCUGCUAACACUGAACCUGAACGCAGUAUGACCUGCCUCAUCCAGGACAGUGAAUUGACCCUGUAUGAGAAACUCGGCAGUGGCUCAUUUGGUGUGGUCAAGAGGGGAGAGUGGAGGAGUCCAUCAGGGAAAAUGAUAAAGGUUGCUGUGAAAUACCUCAUACCUGUGGACACAUCAAAAGAAGCAGAAAUUCUGAAGGACUUCUUGCAGGAGGUGACAGUAAUGCAUGCCCUUGAUCAUCCCAACCUGAUCAGACUUUAUGGCGCGGUACUGACCCACCCUCUUAAGAUGGUAACAGAAUUGGCUCCCCUGGGCUCCUUGCAUGACUGCCUCCGUUCCCGAUAUGGCAACUUUUCUCUGAUGCGUCUUUGGCUCUUUGCCACCCAGAUAAUUGCAGGAAUGGCAUACCUGGAAUCACGUCAUUUCAUCCACCGGGAUUUGGCAGCAAGGAAUGUGCUGCUGGCAUCGGCCAGUCUAGUUAAGAUUGGGGACUUUGGUUUAAUGAGGACACUAACCAUGGAGCAGGACCACUACAUUAUGUCAGCACACCGCAAGAUCCCUUUUGCCUGGUGUGCUCCAGAAAGCCUGAAGGUUGGCACUUUUUCCCAUGCCUCAGACGUAUGGAUGUUUGGGGUUACACUUUGGGAGAUGUUCAGCUACUGCCAAGAACCUUGGUUGGGGAUGAUGGGGAGAGAGAUCUUACUCAGGAUAGACAGAGAAGGAGAACGCUUAGAAAGGCCCCAGGAUUGUCCACUGGAGAUGUACUCCAUCAUGAGGCAGUGCUGGACUCAUAAUCCUCAAAGUAGACCAACCUUUGCAAUAUUAAACAACCUCAUCAGCAAGGCACAGCCCAUGGAGGUCCAAGCCACGCAAGAUUAUAAUGAACCUGGCAAGCUUCCUCUUCAAGCAAAUGACACAAUUACUGUUAUCGAGAAGGGGUCUGGCCAAGCAUUUUGGCGAGGACAGAAUCAGCGGACUUUGUCAGUGGGCUUCUUCCCAGGGGCCAUAGUCACUCAACCUUCCCAGAAGAAUGAAGGUUUCAUCAGCAUGCCUCUCAGGAACAGUUUUGUGCAUGUUAGCCAUGGAGAUAUGGAGCCAUGUCGCAGCUGGGGUUGUCCAGAACGACUAGACAACAAUUAUGGAAAACUUCCACCUUCAUCUAGAAAAGAACGUCUCAAGGAUAAAGAUCCCUGCAAACUUCUGAAAAUGUCAGGGUUGUCACGAAGUCUGGAAUCUGUGCUAAAUGCCACAUCAAAACUCGACCAAGUCAAACCAGGAAGAACACCUGAGAAUGUCAAAGACAGUCUUAGAGUGAAUGAGCGACGAAUGAGUGACCUCCCUGGCAAGCGUCCCAUCUUGGACAGUGGUGCACAUCAGAGACAAUAUGUCACUCCUCCCCAACAAAGAGUUAAAGGAAGAGCAGCUCAACAGACAAGAGAUCACAGAUUGGGUUUAAACGUAUUUUCAAACAAUCCAUGGAAUGCACAGGCCCUGCCCAAGGUUGACUAUCCUGAUGGACGGAGUGGAGGUGGAGGUGAAGGUGGAGGCAGGUUGGCAAGUUCAGCCCACAUGGCUCGCUCCAAUCCCCAGAUUGACAAGUGUGCAGAACACAGCUCAUGGUUGCCACCAGCAAAUGUGGAUUUUCGAAAAGUUAUCUCUCAGGUCCAGGAGUCAGUGCAUGGAGUCACGCUGGAGGAGUGUCAGGAUGCCCUACGCAUUCAUGGUUGGGACCCACAGCAGGCUACACAGCACUUGAAGAUGGAGCAAUUAUACUUCAUGGGUCGUCGGUCCCGGGAAGACUGCCGUCGCAUCCUUGCCAAGUUUCAGUGGAAUCUUCAAGCAGCAAGUCGCUAUAUAAUGCGAGACCACCAUGCCCUCUGAAAUGAGGAGAGAAACCAGUUAUCCGUGUAAAGAUACCUCUCUGUAAUGGUUUAAGUGAACUGGAGUUUGAAGUCCAAUUACCUCUCAAACCAGAGUAGUAACCCUUGGGAGUUUAUUGCAGCAGGUACACCAACUUGUUCUGAAAGGGGGGCGCUGGCCUUUUCACAACAGACCACAAGAAGAUUUUUGGACAUCAAAAGCUGGACAUUUUGUAUUCCUCUGGUCGUGUGUGCUUCAAAAGAAUUGAAGAAAUGAAAUUAUGGGAGUGUUCAUCAUUCACUACAUUGGUGGGGAUCAUUCAAGAUCAAGAAAAUCCAUUAGCAUCUACUGAUUGGACGAUAAGAAACAAAUCAUAAAAAGCGCCAUGUUGACACCAUGUUGCCAAGGAACUACUGCUCUCACUUAUUGGAAAUGCUGCUCACUCUUGAUCGAUGGAUUUUUUUUUUGUCAAAUACACUGCAGGAUUAUGGUAUGGAUUAAAAUAAAACAGGUCUGAAAGAAAAACAAA